AUGGUUCACUCUGCCAUGAAGUGCGUAUACAUAGACCUCGCGGGACACCUCGGUACAUACCAUACUCUCACUCACUUGUAUCUCGCUAUAUCGGCUAUUGGUGCACUGGCCGGCAUCAAGUUCGUACGAGGUCCGUUUGCCUUCCUCUCGCCCAGACCCGGUACUCAACGCAUAUGUGCACUUGCCGGACUUGGAUGCGCGCUCGGGACGAUUAGCACAACAGACAUUCUUGACACUACCGGUUACAGAAAGUCGCUUUCUAAGCGUAGCGGGCUAGAAAAAUAUGGCAUAGGUGCCGCGGGUGUGUUGGGUCACGCCCUCUUGCUUGUUCUUCUGGAACAUCUCAGGCAAAGAUCGGUAUGCUACCUCUACCAACUCUAUGAUGAGAAGAAAAUGAAUGCCGGCAAAAGUCUUGAGAUGAUCUCGCUUGAGCACAAGAUCAGUGAGCUCGAGAGAAGGUUUGAGAAGAAGGCUCGCGAGAUGGCCGAGAUACGGUUGGUGGAGUUGAGGAUGGACAAGCUCGAGAGUAAGCUGGCUAGUUGGGAACACAGGCACUAG